CUGUCACAACAAUCAAUCAUGGAUAUCCGACUCCUGCAACCGUCAGACAUUCCACAUGUCCAACAUGCCAAUAUUACCAAUCUCCCUGAGAAUUAUUUCAUGAAAUACUACCUCUACCACGCCCUCUCCUGGCCUCAACUCUCCUACGUUGCCGUUGAUGUUUCACGCCCCAAGAAGAGCCCCUAUGACUACCCCCGCAUCGUCGGCUAUGUACUCGCGAAGAUGGAAGAGGAUCCCCCAGAUGGAGUGCAGCAUGGGCACAUCACCAGUUUGAGUGUGAUGAGGACGCACAGGCGGCUUGGGAUAGCAGAGAAGUUGAUGAGACAAUCUCAACGAGCAAUGGUCGAAACAUUCGGCGCCCAGUACGUAUCGCUGCACGUCCGUGUCUCCAACAAUGCUGCCCUACGCCUAUACCGCGAUACACUGGGCUUUAAAAACGAGAAGGUGGAAGCGAAAUACUAUGCCGAUGGGGAAGACGCAUAUAGCAUGAAGCUGGAUUUAGGCUUCAUCCGCGAGCAGAUUCUAGAUGAGCAAGAUGAGGGCGAGGAGGUGGAUGAAGGAGAGCCUGUAGGAGAGUUGGGGGCGGAGAAGGACAAGGCGUUACCGCUUAAUGGGAAGAAGGAUGCUGCGCAGGGAGGGAAGAAGAUGAAGGUUAGGGUCGGGAGAGGGCUUGGGGUUGGCGAUUUGGUGGAGAAGAAUGAGAGUCAUAAGGCAUAA